AUGUUCAGAAAGGGAGUUUGGACAUUGGCGUUCGUAGUAUUUACAUCACUACACUACGUCCAGUCCUUGCCUCAAAAACAGACCAAGUUAGAAGACAUCGAGAAUGACAACCUCCGAAACGAAAAGAACUUAGAAAUAUCAUCAGGACGACCAAGCUAUUCCUUCGUGCCACAAGCAGCAAAACAAGUAUACGCCAAAAGCCCUAAAGCAGAAGCCCUAACACAACACAUCCCUGAUUUAACACCACCUCCCCUGCCUAAAGCUGAAGCACUCCAUCAACUACAACAAGUUUACGUACAACCUCAACCCCAACAGCAAAUUCAAUAUUAUUACCAACCCGUGCAAUAUCAACAUCGGGCACUUCAACAGUUUUAUGUCAAACCCCAACAAGUAGUUGCUCAACAAUACUAUGUACCUCAACAACAAUCCUACACGCAUCAGACUGCUCACGGUCAAGAAGCUCAGCAACAAUAUUCAUUUACUCAUGUUCAGCAACAUCAGCCAACUGUACAGCAACAUCAUGUCCAAGCACAAGCUCAAGAAGUGCCGACACAUACUCAGGCUUAUAUUUAUCCAAAUACUGUAGCCCAUAGUCAUCAAGAAACAGCGCAGACUUAUGUUCAGCAACACGUUCCAUUACAGACUUACGUGCAACAGCAACAUGUACCAGCUCAGACUUACGUGCAACAAGCUCAAGUGCCGUCACAGACUUAUGGGGCUGCCCAAGCUCAAAGUCACGGACACCACGAGCAACAACAACAUCAUCAACAACAAUAUAUUUACGUAGAUCCUCAAGUUUUAGCGCAAGUCCAAGCUCAAUUACAGGCACAACUUUAUGGUCAUCAACAGCAAGCGCAACAUCACGCUCAACAAGUUCAACAUCACGCUCAACAAGUACAGCACCAGCAACAUUCUCAACAUCAUGUGCAACAGCAACAACAUCAAGUUUACGCCCAUGCUCCACAGCAACAAUAUUACAUCCAGCAUCAGCAACCAGCUGUCCAACAAGCAUACAUCCAACAUUACCAUCCUGAAACAUUCCUCAGGCACGCCUUGCAACCAUCAUAUGAUGCUGUAGCAAGACACCAUUUCUCAAAACCACCUCAAAGUCUUUUGGAUUCUUACAUCCCAAGUUCGGUAAUUUUAGCAGCUCAUCAGAAUGCAGGAAAGUUGUCACACCAUGUGGGAUCAUCAUCUCAGGCCUAUGACACCAUCGCAUAUUCGACGGAAUUGCAACCCAGAACACAUGCUAAGAGGACUGCUGAGGAAUCAUCGUGA